UAAUAAUUAUUUCCUCUUAAAAAGACACUGUCUCUUUCUUGCUCUCUCUCUUCAAUUUAUUGCUUCUUCUUUUUUUUUACUCAUUCCAUGUCGAUUCAAAUUGCACCGACUGAACUAUUACACGAGGUAUUUCUACACCUGCCAAAGUCAAGCUUGCUUCAAUGUGCCUUGGUCUGUCAAAGCUGGUACUUACCUGCUCUUCAACUUUUUUAUGAACAUGUAGAGUUAUCCGAAAAGACCAAAAAGGUAUGGUUACAUAGGGUACAAGCACCGACUGCAAUUCCUUCUAUCGGCAUGUUUGUGAGGAAACUCACUGUAAAUCUCGCGUUCUCUACCACUCUCUCACAAGUUGAUUUUCUAAAGGUGAUAUCCUACUUGCCCUUCCUCAAAACUGUUGAUCUUAACGCAAGUGGAUAUAAAUUACAUUACCUUUCUUACCUGAAUAAGAGAGAUCCUGGUUGUGUCACCUAUUUGGAGGAUAUCGAGACGGGUGAUCUUUUCACAAAUUACCAAAUUCAGCAACACUUCUUAUGCGCAUACAGCUUUCGGCACUCUCUAAAAAAAAUAACCUUGAGACAUCCUGCUAACAUGUAUCUUAUCGGUGGUCAAAAUGGUACAGCUGUAUCUUUUCUUGGGGAGUUUGCCAACUUGACACAUAUCAACAUUAUUGACGAAGUCCAUUUAGGCGAAACAGAAAUGGAGGUGUUUAUGAAUUCUAUUCAAUCUUGCUCAAAAUUAGUUAGUCUAUCCUAUCAAAAUAACUGUCUGUUCCCAUACCAGCAAGAUAACGUAGUACAGUCUAGAAUUAUGAGAAAAAGCACAAGACUUUCAAGGUUGAAAACAAUAUCGUUAAAUGUAUCUUAUUUAACUGCCAUCUACAUGACCCAAAUGUUACUACUUGUAUCUCCCAACUCUUUGGAAAAGCUCACAAUUUACAUGACAGAUGCAGAUUACCGUGACUGGAUACAAGAGAACUAUGGGCUAUUCAUAUCCUAUUUUGUCUGUGUUAAAAACUUGGAUAUCUCAUUUACCAAUGCAAGCCGACGAUUUUCAGAUCAAAGACCACGAAUACAGAGCGCCUCGAAAUUUGGGUUAUUUCUCCAAUCUUUAAUAGGAACUAGGAUCUUGGAUGUCCAUAUAGCUUUUAUCAAAUCAGUAGGCGCGAAACCCAACAUCACAAUUAAAAAAGACCCAGAAAACAUACACAUAUUAUACAAUAUUGGAACCAUGGCGGAUUUUUGUAUUUGUCUUGAAGAGCUCUCAUUAGUUUGCUCAUCAAAUCAGAUUCCUAUAACUGUUGAUUCUUUGGUGGCUGAAAUUCUGCUAAAUGAAAAGGAUGAUUUUGAUUAUGGUCAAUGUAUGGAAAUGAUCAAGUUCAUUCGUUUGCUUCCUUAUCCUCCGAAAUCGGUUUGUAUAACAAGUCCAGCAAAGACGCAUUUAGAUGAAGAAGGAUAUGUGAUAGAAUUAAAGUCUAGUAGCAUGAAUGGUGCUACCCCUUUAAAUACAUCUAUACUAGACGAUGCCUUGUUUAAAAACAUUAACCUUGAAGCAUUAUCCACAAAGGGUUUCUCGGAUAUAUUACCCCACGUCAAAACUUUAAAAUUAAUUCACUGCAAGACAGAAAACAAGAGAGUAGCAAUUGACACAGAAAAAAUCAAUCUGGAUGAAUUAUCGCAAUUUAUAAAUGUAGUUUUUGCAAAAAAAAUCAAAUAAAAAAAGACAAAGAUGAAUAGAAUUGGGAAAUAUUUUAGUUAAA